GGGGCUGUGAAGGUGACCGUGCCCGUUUCUCCAGCCGUGGUGGGCAGCGGGAUCGGCGGCUCGGCCGCCGCCUAUUUCCUGCGGCAGAAGUUCGGCCAGGGCGUGCAGCUGCACGUGCUGGAGAAGGGAGUGCUGGGCGGCCGGCUGCACACGCUGGACAUGGAGGGGGCCACCUACGAGGUUGGGGGGUCCGUGAUCCACCCCCUCAACCUGCACAUGAAGCAUUUUGUCAAGGAGCUGGGCCUUUCAGUCGCCUCAGUCCAGGACGGCCUCGCGGGCGUUUACAAUGGGGAGGAAUUUGUGUUUGAGGAGAGCAGCUGGUCCUUCAUCAACCUCCUCAAGCUGCUCUGGCACUACGGCCUCAACUCCCUGCGCAUGUCCAUGUGGGUGGAGGACAUCCUGGACAAGUUCAUGAGGAUCUACCGGUACCAGAUGCACGACUACGCCUUCAGCAGCAACGAGCGCCUGCUCCACGCCCUGGGAGGCGACGACUUCACCCGGCUGCUCAACCAGACCAUCGAUGAGGCCAUGCAGAAAGCGGGCUUCUCCCAGAAAUUCAUCAAUGAGGUGGUUUGUCCGGUCAUGAGGGUGGAUUAUGGCCAAGGUGUCACCAUCAAUGCCUUUGUAGGUGCUGUGUCCCUGGCCGGGGUGCAGGCAGGCCUUUGGUCUGUGAAAGGGGGGAACAAACUUGUCUGCUCCGGCCUCAUCUACUCCUCCAAGGCCGAGGUUAUCCCAGGAACAGUCGUGUCCAUAGAGCCAAAAACCAGAACCAGGCGUGGCGGGGAGCCGGUGAAGCUCUACGAGGUCACCUACAACACGUCCUCGGGGCUGACGGGGGACACGUACGACAUGGUGCUGAUCGCAGCCCCGCUCGGCCGCAAGCUGGCCAACAUCACCUUCCGCAACUUCGACCCUCCCAUCCCGGAAUUCCCCAACCCCUACCACCAGACCGUCACCACCCUGGUGCACGGGCGCUUGAACACCUCCUUCUUCGGCUACAGCGACCCCCAGGCUUUUCACCUGGGGGCCAUUUUCACCACGGACAACCCCAAACUGUUCAUCCACAGCCUGAGCGUGGUGUCCCCCGCGGGGGACGCGGCCACGGGCGGGAAGCUGCCCUUGCAGUCGGCCGUCUGGAAGGUGUUUUCCAAGGAAGAGCUCACCAAGGAGCAGCUCAAUUUGCUCUUCUCCUCCUACGACUCGGUGAAGGUGAAGCCGUGGUUGGCGUAUCCGCAGUACAGCCCUCCCGAGAAGUUCCCUCCCAUCGUCCUGCACGAGCAGCUGUACUACCUGAACGGGCUGGAGCGCGCCGCCAGCGCCAUGGAGAUCAGCGCCAUCGCCGCCCGCAACGCCGCCCUGCUCGCCUUCCACCGCUGGCACGGCCACAGCGCCAGCGUCGACCAGGAGGACCUGCACGAGAAGCUCAAAACAGAGCUCUGAGACCCGCCCCCGCGGCUAAUUAACACUAACGAACUCUGUGCUUCGCCCCUCUGAGGAGGUGUUUUGUAGGAUCAUGACAUCCUUAAAGUUGGAAGACUUUCAAGAUGAUCGAGACCAUCAAGAUCUUGAAGACCUACAGGACCUUGAAGACCUUCAGGAUCAUCAAGACCUUCAAGAUUAAGACCUUCAAGACAGCCAAUUAACAGCCAAGUAAUUAACACCAAUAAACUCCUGGCUUUGCCCCUCCAAGGAGGUGUUUUAUAGGAUCAUGGCAUCCUUAAAGUUGGAAGACUUUCAAGAUGAUCAAGACCAUCAAGACCUUCAAGAUCAAGACCUUCAAGACAGUCAAUUAACAGCCAAGUAAUUAACAACAAUGAAUUCUGUGCUUUGCCCCUCCAAGGAGGUGUUUUAUAGGAUCAUGGCAUCCUUAAAGUUGGAAGACUUUCAAGAUGAUAAGAGACCUUCAAGACCUUCAGGAUCAUCAAGACAGCCCAUUAACAGCCAGAUAAUUAACACCAAUAAACUCUGAGCUUUGCCUCUCCAAGGAGGUGUUUUGUAAAACAAAGUUGGAAGAUCUUCAAGACCUUCAAGAUGCCAUAAUUACCAUUAAUGAACUGUGCUUUGCCCCUCCAAGGAGGUGUUUCAUAAAACCAUGGAAUCCUUAAGGUUGGAAGAGCUUCAAGAACUUAAAGACCAUCAGUAUUAUCAAGACCUUCAAGAACAUCAAAACCUUCAAGACCUUCAAGAUCAUCAGAACCUUCCAGAACUUCAGGAUCUUGAAGACCUUAAAGAUUUUCAAGACCUUCUAGAUCAUCAACACCCUCAAGGUCAUCAAGACCUUCAAGCCCAGCUAUCAACCCAACCACGUUGACCACUAACGACGUCCUCAAGUGCCGCGUCCAUACGUUUGGACACUUUCAGGGAUGGUGACUCCACCACUGGCCUAGGCUGGACACCUCUUCCUUCCAGGACAAAAUUCUACCCAGUAACUCAUCUUGAACUCCCUCAGUGCCACCUGGGAGCCGUUUGGCCAACUCAGGAGGGAGCAGGAGCACUGAGAUGUUCCCAAGUAAGCAAAUUCCUGAGUUUUCCUCAAAUUCCUUGGUUUAUCCCUAUCUGACAUUAGGGAAUUCAUUAAAAGUGCCAUAAUGACCCCAAAAGUGCUCUCCAGCUGGGAAUAUCGAUUCCCUGGCUGUCCCUUCCCGUGCCCCCAACUUUUCCAAAGGGUCUGCCAAGGAAUUAUUCCUCAAGGUGGAAACUGGGAGCUGCCAGAAUGGGUGGGAAAGAGGAAAAACCACCAAUAUCCAUCGCUGUGUUGAGGUAUGAAGGAGGUAAUAAAGAAUUGAACAAACUGA